AUGGCGGCAGCAGCGAUACAGGCUCUGGAAGAAUCCGUCAGACGUUCCGGCACCCGCGCCCUGGGACGGCUGGCGCCCUGGAGCCAGGACACACGGGAGGAGCUAGCACUCAACCUGUCGCUGCUAGCGGAGGCGUUCCUGCAGCUGCUCGCGUCGGGGCUGGGGACGCUCGCCCUCGUCUGGGCAACCGUCGUCCUUCUCGGCGGUUAUUCCACCGCGCUCGUGAGAACGGAUUUCUGGUUCACCACGGCCAUCGUCUUCGUUGAAACCGCCAGGAUCGUCGGCUACAACUCAGCACCCGAGGCCAAAUUCUUUCUCGGUGUUCCGGCUGCUUUCUACCAUCUGAGACACGUUUUGCGGGUCACAAGUGCAACAAAUAUUGUAGGCCUACUCGCCAUGGCGCCAGCAUUGGUUGUUCUAGCUCCCAUUUUCUUAGCAAUAGCAUGCAUGUCGUUAUCACUUAUUCGUCUUCAUGGCAUUACUAAUCCUAGAAGGCAUGAUGAGUACGGAGGUCCCAACAAUGGCGGCAAUCUGAAGCCAGCACUCAUCUUGUUCUACAGCCUGGUGCUCGCUCAAGGUGUGCUGUUCCUCCUGUGGUUCCCGGUUGCGAUGAAUCGCCUGGACAUUGCUAAACCUUUGGGUUCCAAGUACUUGGCAAACGAGCUUCUUCGAAGAAAGAAAAACUUGGAAAACUACAGUUCAUCAAGAAAUAACAAUAAAGAUCAGGUAAACGAGGAGGAGGAGAUGGAAUUGGUUGACAGAUAUGUUACCAGCAUAGCGGAGACGUGCAUCCAAAAAGGCGUGUCUGGCACCAUCAACACUACUCUAGUCUCGUUUGCAGCAGAAUUGUUAUUGCAGUCUCAACACCCCGAUGACUACAUCUCUGCAGUCUCAGUUCUACACUCGCUGGUGAUUAAGAACAAAGAACGUUCAGAUGCAGCGAUUGACCAGAUUUGUGCCUCGGAGAAGUUGGUUUGCAGGCUUGUUCGGAUGCUACGCUCCUCAGGGAAUCUUGUUUCUAUUCCUCAGCCUCAAAGAAUAGAAACUGCCAAACAAACCAAGAACGACCUUGAUGUAGAUAUCAAGGCACACGUCGCACAAAUUGUCGCGAAGCUUGCCUGCAAGCUGCGCCUAGCAGACAUACCUGGCGCAGGGCACUGCAUAUCAUCCCUACUUGAUUAUUCACAUCCCAUUUCCAUGAAGGUGAGAAAUAAGACAGGCAGCAGCGACGACGAUCGAGGAGGUGUAAAUUAUCAGCUGAGAACCACUGACAUCGAGAGCGAGAGCCGGGACCGGGACCAGGACCAGGAAGAAGAAACUAGCAAGCCCCUUUUUCUUCAUGGACUUGUGAUUCUUCGCGAGCUUGCUGCGGACCCGGAGAACUGCACAGAGAUGUACAGCACCAUGGAUCUUGUGCACAAGAUCAUAGCGCCAAUUAGCAGUGGGCUACUUAUGGCCAUCAAGAAUGAUGAAACAACAGUUGAGGUUGUGAAGGAAUCCUUACGCGUGCUGGCCAAGCUUACCAGCGGGACAGCAGGUGAGAGCGGUAGGAAAUUAUGCCAUGAAUUAACAACAACAACAACAAAAUAUGGCAGCAGGACAGCUGAAAACUUACUUUGGAUCUUGAGAAACAGUAGCGACCAGGAAAUGGGAGAGAGAGCUACUGAAAUCCUCUCGAGGCUAACUCUGAGUAAACAAACAAUGCACGACUUUGUUGUCGUGCUGCAGCGCCGCCUACUCGUCGAUCCUGAUCAGGACAGCCCACUGAGAACUGAGGCAGCAGGGAAAGCGCUGAGCGCCCUUGUAACAUCCCGUGGGCAUGAGUUUCGGGACAAGUUUCCAGACAUUCAUCAGCUGCUCACAAUCAUGGGUGCUGCUGAUGAUGCAUACUGUAAGGAGUACCGGGUGGUGAUGGCAGAAAUGUUGGCAAAAAUUUGUGCCAGGUCCAGAACAGAUCAGGAUAGGAACCUCCUCAGCUCAGUAGCGUCCAACGCAUUGUCCACGGUACUUAAAGCGAUAGUAACUGAAACUGGCAUGGACAGGAAGUUUCUCGCGUCGUUCUUAGGCCUUGCAGUGCAGAUACGUGAGAAGCUUGCGACCGCGGAGGCUUUUGCGGAUGCGGUGACAGGGCUUCUUCCAAUGGGGAACAAUGUUUUUGCAGAGAAGCUGGAGAGGAUCAUUGAGAUGACGAACGACAGCGAGGAUGAAACUUGCCUGGCGAUCAUGAAGUCCGUGACUAAGCUGGUUACGUGGAUGACGGAAAUCGACACCAUCAGCCCCGGUUAUAGCAUAGAGUACUUCCCGCGGGACAACAUUGUUAAUAAACUGGAGGACGCCGUGGAGGCUAUGGCUCACCUCGAAAGGUACAUGGUUAUGACUGGUGGCGCUGAUGAGAACAAAGGUUAUGUGACGCUUCAGAUGCUUGUGGAAACAGCUAGGAACAAGCUGGUUUCACCUUCAUGGCAGCAGCGUUAG